AAGGCGUGAAUGUUCAUCCUCCUGUCCUGUGGGUGGCAGCACCGCGCUAACGUGGCGCUGUUGUGUUGUAUUGUAUCGCGGAAGGAAAAAGAAGCGCUUCCGUCAGUACACACGCCGGGUUCAUCAUGGCGGCGGGACCGAUUUCAGAACGAAAUCAAGAUGCCACUGUAUAUGUGGGUGGUCUUGAUGAGAAGGUCUCUGAGCCUCUUUUGUGGGAGCUUUUCCUGCAAGCUGGUCCUGUUGUAAACACACACAUGCCCAAAGACAGAGUAACAGGACAACAUCAGGGUUAUGGCUUUGUGGAGUUCCUCAGUGAAGAGGAUGCAGACUACGCCAUAAAGAUCAUGAACAUGAUCAAACUUUACGGCAAACCCAUACGAGUCAACAAGGCUUCGGCGCACAACAAGAACCUUGAUGUCGGCGCCAACAUCUUCAUUGGCAACUUAGAUCCUGAGAUUGACGAGAAACUCCUUUAUGAUACUUUCAGCGCUUUCGGUGUGAUCCUUCAGACGCCGAAGAUCAUGCGAGACCCGGACACGGGCAACUCCAAGGGUUAUGCUUUCAUCAACUAUGCCAGUUUUGAUGCUUCUGAUGCAGCUAUUGAGGCCAUGAACGGCCAGUAUCUCUGCAAUCGGCCCAUCACUGUUUCAUACGCAUUUAAGAAGGACUCAAAGGGCGAGAGGCACGGCUCUGCUGCAGAGCGUCUCCUGGCCGCACAGAAUCCACUUUCACAGGCCGAUCGCCCCCAUCAGCUUUUCGCAGACGCCCCACCACCUCCCAGCAUUCCCACACCUGUCAUGACCGCCAUGGGUGGAGGGAUGCCAAUGCCAGGGAUGCCGCCUCCUGGUGCUUUCCCACCUGUUCCUCCUCCUGGCACAAUGCCACCUGGGAUGCCGCCCGGUAUGCCCAUGCCGCCUGCACCAGGUACUCCAGGAUCACAGGGUGGCGGAGGGCACCCACCAGGACCCCCGCCCUUCCCCCCUGCAGGAAUGCAUCCACCAGGAAUGCCACCAAUGCCAAUGCCCCCGUCAGGACCUCCCGGAAUGGUGCCUCCUCCGCCUGGCCCGCCUGGAUCUACUCAACAGAGAGCACCUACUCCACCCGGCAUGCCUCCUCCCCCCAUGGGUGUCCCUCCCAGAGGACCGUUCGGUCCCCCAAUGGGUCCACCAAUGCAUCCGGGUAUGAGGGGGCCUCCUCCACCAAUGCCACCUCCAGGUUAUGGUGCUGGCCCACCCAGACCUCCACCCUUCGGCUUCCAGAGAGGGCCUCCCUUGCCACCACGUCCUCCUGCACCACCAAGGGGUCCAAUGAGAGCACCAAUGCCUCCCUAAACCCUAAUGUGAAGACCUUUUUGAAACCUUUGUUGUUUUUAUUUACAUUCUGUGCUUUAAUAGAUGGAUCUCUUGCUUCUUUGUAUACAGAUUUCUUAAUUUUGGUCAUUGUACCUUUUCAGAAUUAGCAAGAAUAAACAAUUUUAUAUAA